AUGAAGAGACGAUUUCUGCUGCUGAUGUUAUCAUGGUGGGCGGGGGCGCUGGGCCAGGAGCAGCACGCGAGUCCCUCUCUGCCCUCAGAAGCCUUCCCGAAGCCUCAGCCACAUAAAUCAAUCCCACUGAAGCUUCGACCACUUUCUGAAGUCAAUCCGAUGUUUACAUUAAGUUACACAUCGCCUGUUCCUCUCUCUGAAGCCUUCAUAAGCUCUUUAGAUGCGUCUUUGAAGCCCCCUAAUCCACCUGAUGUUGGAACUAGUGUAUUUGAAGCUCUCACGAAGGCUCCAGUUCCCCACGAAACUCAAAUAAAUACUGCAUUACCUUCUAAAGUUCCAAUAAAACCUUAUAGAUCUUUCGAAGCUCGCAUGAAGCCUAAACAUGAAGCUACAAGUAAAAUAGUACAAAAAGAGGCGUCGCUCAUGAAGCCUGCAACGCUGUCUGAAUCGCAACUGAAGCCUCAAGCAAAAGCUGAAGCCCAAGAGAAGCCGCCAUCAUCUCUAGUCGUAUCUGUGAAACCCAUGACAGAAGUGAGUCCUUUAAUGAAAACCUUGGAACCUCGGGAAGCCUUUGGGGAAGGAGACAGGACUAAAAAUACCAAAGCCCAUCAGCCAAAGUUAUCUGAAGCCUUAGUGAAGCCCGACACUUACUCCAAGCCAGAUGUCAAGCCUGUCACACUCAGCCAAGCUUCACCAAAAUUCCGUGAAGCUCUAUUUGAAGCCUCGAGAUCCCAUCUGACCAAUGAAGCCUCUAAACGUUCUCAUACCAAGACACAAGCAGAUAUUCAAAUAAAUGAAGCCCUCAAGGGACUGUUGGCGUCAUAUGAAGCCCUCACGAAGUCAAUUCUCCUUAAAAGCUUCAAGACGUUACCUAUACUAUCGGAUGCCAUCUUACCGUCACCUGCUUCACUUGAGGCUUCUAAAAGUACAUCCCCUGAAGCUUCAGAUGUAGAGAUGAAGCCUUCGUUAAUGGGUAACGCCAUUGAGAAACCUUUCAUUCAUUCUAAAACCAGAUUGAAGCUUGAUGAGUCCCGUGAAGCCUUUCGAAAGUCAUACACAAACUCUGAAGCUUUAGGGAAGACUGAAAUUUCUCCUCAAUCCUCUGCGAAGCCUCUACAUGUCUCCGAAGGACCAACGAAGCCCACAGUAAGCAGUGAAGCUGCUAUGAAGUCCUUAAAUUAUUCUGAAGCCCAAGUGGAGCCAAUAGAAGGGAGUGAAGCCCCAACAACACCAAAUUAUACAGGUGAAGCUCCAAUAAAGCUAACAGAAAAUACUGAUGAAGACCCAACAACACCAGACUAUAUACAAGAAGCCCUAAUGAAGCCAACAGAGAAGGUUGAAGUCCUAACAAUGCUAAAUGUUACUAAUAAAAGCUCAUUGAAGCCAACAGAGAACACUGACGCUCAAAUACUAUCAAAUGAUACACGUGAAGCCUCAGUGAAGCCAAUAGACAAGACUGAAGCGCAAACAACGCACAAUUCUAACAUUGAAGCUCCAUUGAAGCCAAUAAUGGUGACUGAAGGUUCAAUUACACUAGAAGCAUCAAUGAAACCAAAUGAUAAGUCGAAAACUCCAAUAACGUUAGAUUCUAUACAUAUACGUGAAGCCCUAAUGAAGCCAAGAGAGAAGACGGAAGUCCCAGUAACGCUUAAUGUUACUAGUGAAGCCGCAGUGAAGUCAAUAAAGAACACUGAAGCUCCAACAAUGUCAAAUGAUACACAGGAAGCCUCAACGAAGCCAAUAGAGAGGAUUUAUAUACAAACAACACCGUAUUAUAAAGAGGGUACUGAACCCCCAACAACGCAUGAUUCUUUAAGUGAAGCCCCAAGGAAACAAACAGUGGUGGCUGAAGCCCUAACAACACUAGCAGGUAAGCAUGAAACUCCAGUGAAGCCAUCUGAUAUGACCGAAACUCCAACGGCGAUAGAUUAUACGCAUGAAGCCACAAUGAAGCCAAUGAAUAUAACUGAAGCCCAAACCACACUAUAUUACACACAUGAUACCACGGUGAAGCCAGUACAGUUGACUGAAGAACCAGCGACGCUAGACAGUACACGUGAACCCCCAGUGAAGCCAAGAAAAAUUACUGAAGCUCCCAAAACACUACAUAAUAUCUUUGAAACCGCAAUGAAGCUACCAGAAAUGACUGAAGCCCCAGCAAUACCGGAUAAUACACGGGAAGCCCCAAUAAAGCACACAGAGAUGACUGAAAUCCCAACAGUGUUACAUUAUACACGUGAAGCCUCACUGAAGCCAAGAUAUAUUACUGAACCCCCAACAAUAUUAGAUAGCAGUACAUUUAAAGCUUCAAUGAAACCAACAGAACCGACUGAAGCCGCAACAACGCUGUUUAACAUACGUGAAGCCCAAAUGAAGCCAGAAGAGAUAACUGAAGCCUCAACAAAGAAAGGUGAUACUAGUGAUGUUCCAAUGAAGCCAGUAGAGAUGCCUGAAGCCUCAACAAUGCCAAAUGAUACCAGUGAAGCCCUAGUGAAGCCACAAGAGAUAAAAGAAGCUUCAACAAAGUUAGAGAACACUAGUGAAGCCCCAAUAAAGGCAGAAGAGAUGACUGAAUCUUCAUCAACGCUAUAUCAUAAAUAUGAAGCUCCAUUGAAGCCAGAAGAGAUAACUGAAGCCUUAGGAAAAUCACAUGAUACGACUGAACCCCAAAUGAAGCUAAAAGAGAUGACUAAAGCACCAACGACGUUAGAGGGUAAUAAUGAAGCCCUGUUAAAGUCAACGGAAAUUACUGAAGCUCCAGCGACAUUAGAAUAUAGAAGUGAAGCCCCACUGAAACCAACAGAGAUUACCGAAACCCAAACUAUAGAAUAUAAAAGUGAAGCCUCAAUGAAACCAACAGAGAUCACUGAAGCUCCAACGACGCCUGAUGAUACCGAUGAAGCCCUAGUAAAGUUAGUAAAAAAGAUUGAAGCUAAAGUACAGACAAAUGACACUCAUGAAGCCCCAAUGACGUCAAUAGAAAAUAUUGAAGCCUCAAGAGCGCAAGAAUCUUUAAGUGAAGCCCCAGUGAAGCCAACAAUGGUGACUGAGCCCAUAACGAUAUCUCUGGAAGCCUUGGUAGAGCCUGCAGAACCUAAUCACUCUUUUCUGAAGCCUCCCGUAAAUUUCAAGGAGGAUAUGAAGCCCGUAAAGGCACAAGAUAGCAUUACGAAUCCUUCUAUAAAAUCUGGGGCUCUUUCGAAGACACUGAAGCUUCAUAAAGACUAUCCUCCAACACACAAUGAAGCUAUGACGAAGCCUGUCGGUAGCAAAUUAGAUGAAGCCACAGUCACAUCUUCAAAAUCCCAUGAAGCCCUCACACUGCCUCCAACGACUCUGGACUCCCUUCUGCAGACAUCUAAACUUUCUGAAGCUUUACUUAGGGCUCGAACGCUAAGGCAAGCUUCAUCAGCACCUCAAACAACAACUUUCAACAACACAAAAAUGCUUUCCUCAUCAACUGAAGCCCCACUGAAUUAUUACACACCACAUGAUCCAUCUCUUAAGCCUUUACCACCACCUGGAGCCAUCUUGAAGCCUGCAGUGACGCCUGGACCUAUUCUGAAGCUUGCAACCCAUCCAUACAUGCAAGCGGUGUUUCAAAGGCUUCACUCACACGCCACAUCCACACAGCAGCCCUUACCGCCCUUUAGAAGCUAUAUGAAGCCUUCCUCUCCCACUGAAGCCUUCGCGACACCACCCACACCUCUCAACAUUAUGAAGCCCUAUGGAAAUCCAAUGAACGCUAAUAUUUACCCUGAAGCUUCGAAACAAUUCGCAGACUCACAACGAUACUAUGGUAAUUUUGGAGGACGUGUAGGUAAUGAAGCUUACGUUAACAACCAGUGGGCUUCUCAUGGAUGGAUGAAGCCUAUGAUAACUACCCAAUCACCUCAUUAUCAACCACCACCACCACCGCCACUACCACCUCCACCGUCACACAGACAAGCUUAUCAUGACUACGUACCCUACAAUGAAGCCUUUCUGAAGCCCACCAUACCACCUGGGGCCUUUGCAAACCCUUACUGGAUCUAUAAAGGCUUCACUCCAUUUCCUUCAUUAUCUCAAGGUUUCGUGAAGCCCCUAACACCAAUGGAAGCGGUAAUACCAACUCCGAGAACUGAAGCUGAAGCCUUAAACCCAACCACAUCACAAGCUCCCAUGACCACACGUCCACGCAAAGAAGCUCGGAAUGAAGCCUCUCAUUCAAAUAAAGCUUCAAAUGGACCGUCAUCCCACCAGAAGCAUCCCGAAGCCUUCAUCUGGGAGAGAGAGGCUUCAAACCACCCGGACGUGAAGCAGACGAAUGGGAAGCCUUGGUAUAAAGAAAGCGUUCACAUCCCUGUGCCAGUCAUCAUUGUCAUCGUGGUGGUGGUCAUCUUCAUCCUCCUGUUGGCGAUAGCGUCUUGACUUCCCAACCACACGACCCACAGCGCCCCUCGCCACGCCGUCCCCCGCACACCAUAUGACUCUUAAGACUUCACCUGCUAAUGACACAACACCUGGUAUAUGAGUGACUCCAUUUGAGCUUCACUAAACCAAGAAAUAAAACUGGUAGCAUUAAAAGAUUCGUGUCACCUCAAUACUUAUCUUGUUCUUAGUACCGUCUCUCAAGAUUUCACGUCAUCUUGCUGCUGAUCAUCUUGUUAAGCUCAAGAAAAACCAUGGCAGUUAAGGGGUUAGUGUUGCUUCUAAGGCUUUAAACAUAUGUGAAGGCAGGUUAAAUUAGGAAUGGUGUGUUUUGGUUCUGUUGAUUGUAUGAUGUAGUUGUUAAUGGAAGGAUGUAGUAGUAGGAGUAGUAGUAGUAGUAGUAGUUACAAUAAGAGGAGUAGUGUUAGAUUUAUACGUAGGCUUGGAAUUGUGUACUUUGUGCCAUCAACUUUAAGGACAUCUGUUCAUGCUAAUCUUUUCCCCCUAUGAAUAAUAAUAGAGGUAAACAAACUGCAUAUUUCUUUCCUUGCAUCAAAUAUAAUUACAAAGACUAAAAACAGUUGUACUUUGAACCUUUGUCUUCCUUCAAACUGUUGUGUUCAGUGUUUACUGUAUAUUGAUGUAUCUUUAUUAAAUGACUACAUAGUU